UAUCCAUGAUGUUGUGUUUUUUUGCCCGUGAUACUUCAGGGUGCAAUAGAAAAUGACCUCUGGAGCAAAGGCAGUCAACGGCGACUAUCUGCGGAAACAGGCCUUGACCUUGCUUACGGACAACUCAUACAAAGCCGAAGUGAUGGGAGGCAAUUUAUUGGGCUAUCUGUUAAAAGGUUAAAGCGUGGUGUAACUUUGAGGUUCGCGAACGAUCACUUACAUCACCCUGGUACAGAAUACCAGAAGGUGCACGAUGCACUUGGUCACAUACCUACCGGGGAGGCUGAGAAUCUGUGGAGACGAGCAACAACUGCUCUCCCUGAUAUGUUUUUGCACCUCUGCAAUGACGGGCCUGUCCUCUAUAUCGGGUUGUUGGCACUCAUGAAUCCAAGUCAGGUAUCUGUCAUUCAGCUGGCUAUGCUAGAACAAACCGCCGCACGUCUUCGAUGGACGUUUAAUUUUGCCACGUUCACCAUUAGCCUUUGGCCGGGCGAAUUGGCCAGCUUGAAGAAUUUUUAUAGACUUCUCGAUCUUCAGAACAAGAUGAAAGACGGCUGUAUGCCGUAUUCAGCGGCAGCUGGUGCUUCAGGCGUGUCAUUAGAAGUUCGGAACGUAUCGUUCAAUUAUCCAGGCGCCAAGUCUGAAAGAGACGCAUUGAAGAAUGUCUCUUUCUCAAUAAAUGCAGGUCAAUUGGUGGUUAUCGUCGGCGCAAACGGCUCAGGAAAAUCGACCAUACUCAAACUCCUGACUCGCUGCUAUGACGUCACAUCUGGCACUAUCGUAGUUGAUGGAAAUCCCAUCGGAGAUUAUCGAAUUGCAGACUUGCGGUCUGCGACAGCUAGUCUAGCGCAGGAGCACACCAUCUUCCCCCUCUCUUUGAGCGAGAACAUCGGGAUCGGGUCACCAUCGUCUGCAACAGAUCUUGACAAAAUUACUCGAGCGGCGAAGUUAGCUGGUGCUCAGGCCAUCAUUGAGAACUUCACCGAUAAAUAUGACACUGUCCUUGAACCUGUCAAGACUUCAUAUCUCAGCUACACGGGGAGGGGGAACGAGGCUCUAGAAAAGGAGUACGAGACAAUGGAGAAAUCAACAACCGUGUCUGGCGGAGAGAAGCAAAGACUUGUUGCCUCCCGAACCUUUAUGCGUAUGCUGUCCGAGGACAUCAAGUUUGUCACAGUCGACGAACCAAGCUCUGCUCUUGACCCAGAAGGCGAGUACGAGCUGUUCAAGCAGCUCAGGGAGGCUCGCCAAGGAAGAACUAUGAUAUUCGUCACGCACCGUUUCGGGCAUCUCACCAAGUUUGCCGACCUCAUUUUGUGUAUGAAGGAAGGGACUGUGGUUGAGACGGGCACGCACCAGGAACUGCUGGACCGCCGGGGAGAGUAUGCUCACUUGUAUAAUGUCCAAGCGCAAGCUUUUACUUGAGCUUAUGGAGCGAGCCUCCAAGGAUGCCAUUCAAGCUGGUAUGCGCUGAACUGUGGAAUUUUGCUAUGUAACAUAAUAACUUCCAUACAGUGUAUUACUGACGCGGCGGCUACACCAGAGAGACUGUAGUCAUGUUAGUUUAACGUCAUUAUGAUCAUUCCGUUACAUCAUGUAUUGUAGAAACAAAGUACUGCUAGCACGCACUUUCACGACUGAC